GAGCGUUACGGGUUGGCCAACCAGGCCCCUUUCUUUUUCUUCUCCUCCUCCUCUAGAAGCUGAAGACGACCUCAGACUUGCUGAGGCUUCGAGCUCUGCAUCAACAAAUUAGAACUGAAACUCCAAUCUUUGAUUUUUCAAGCAAAAUUAAUAUGAGGAAGCGCGACCUAGCCAUUCUCAUGCUCUCUGCUUUCGCUAUUUUCUUUUCUCUUCAGCAUGAAGGUGAUUUUUCGUUCAAAGAAGCGUGGUAUCAUAUAUCCGAUGAAUACCCUAUCAAAUACGAGGCUGAGCGCCUGCCGCCGCCAAUUGUCGCUGAUCUCAACGGUGAUGGGAAAAAAGAGGUUCUUGUCGCUACUCAUGAUGCCAAAAUUCAGGUUUUGGAACCUCAUGCAAGGCGAGUGGAUGAAGGAUUCAGUGAAGCACGUGUUCUUGCAGAAGUGUCCCUCUUGCCUGACAGGAUUCGGAUUGCAUCUGGUAGACGUGCUGUGGCAAUGGCCACUGGUGUCAUAGAUCGGAACUACAAGCGCAAAGAACCUCAAAAACAAGUGCUUGUGGUUGUUACAUCAGGUUGGUCUGUAAUGUGUUUUGAUCACAACCUCACGAAGCUAUGGGACGUGAACUUGCAGGAGGAUUUUCCACAUAAUGCUCAUCAUAGAGAGAUAGCUAUCUCUGUUAGCAACUAUACUUUAAAGCACGGAGAUUCAGGCUUGGUAAUUAUCGGUGGGAGAAUGGAAAUGCAGCCUCAUUUGCAUAUGGAUCUGUUUGAGGAAAUUGAAUUGGCAGAGAAAAAUGCAGAGCAGCAUAGGAGAAGUGCCAGUGAGAAGGAAGCUUCUGACAAUUCUGGGAUGGUGGAUUUACGCCAUUUUGCAUUUUAUGCAUUUGCUGGUCGAUCUGGCCAACUCCGUUGGAGCAGAAAGAAAGAGGAUAUUGAAAGUCAUCCUCCAGAUGCAUCGCAGUUAAUACCCCAGCACAAUUAUAAGCUUGAUGCUCAUGCUUUAAACAGCCGCCAUCCAGGAGAGUUUGAAUGCAGGGACUUCAGAGAAUCUAUCCUUGGUGUUAUGCCGCAUCAUUGGGAUCAGCGGGAGGAUACUUUAUUUGAGCUGGCACAUUUUAGGCGUCACAAGAGGAAAACUGUGAAGAAAACGCCUGGAAAGAACAUGAACUAUCCUUUUCACAAACCAGAGGAAAAUCAUCCUCCAGGAAAGGAUACAUCAAAGAAGAUUUCUAAUGCAAUAGGGAAGGCAGUAAACUAUGCUAAAUCUGCAAAAUCCAAGAAGCCUUUGCCUUAUAUACCGACCAUAACAAACUAUACUCAACUCUGGUGGGUUCCUAAUGUUGUUGUUGCUCAUCAAAAAGAAGGAAUUGAAGCUGUUCAUUUGGCAUCAGGGCGCACCAUAUGUAAGCUUCAUCUUCAAGAAGGUGGCCUCCAUGGCGAUAUUAAUGGUGAUGGAGUCCUAGAUCAUGUCCAGGGGAACUUUUCCCCUGGUUCUAUGAUUACAUUAUGCAUGUUCUUUUUCUGA